AUCAGGAUACACAGACCAUGUCAGGAGCACAGGGAGCUCAGCCGCCGGGGUCAUUCACGGCGACGACAUACAAGUCAACUGGAGAGAACAAGAGCAGGACUGACGUACACUCCCGGGAGGACCAGGGAAGCGUUCAGAUUGAUAAGCUCCAAGACAAGGUGAAGGACGCUGUUGGAGAAGGCGGGCCGGUUUUCGGUACCGGGAAAGAUGCCCCUAAAGACGACCUAGGUGCCACUGGCGCCGGCUCAUGGCUAGCUAGAGAAUACAGACAUGUACAAGCACUUGCUUCUCCUUCAUAG